AAUUCCCGACAGCGGCGGGACGUGAAUAUCCGUCUAGCAAGCUUUUCAGAGGGUGUUACGUCUUAUUUUUAGAGAAAGCGGUAACUACACCCGUCCUUUUCUAUUCCCAAAUCUCAUAAGCAAGUCACUUCAAUGGGAAUCCCUAGCAUAGAGCUCAGCACAUUUGGACCUAGAGGCGAGAGCCAUUGCGCAUUUUUACCCGGCUUGUUCUUCUAUCUGUAUGCAUACAGUCAGGGUCAGGAGACGCAGCAGUGUAGUGUGGUGAUUGCUUAUCUCUCACCCCGCGCAAUUUUACCCCCAGGUGUAUAUGCGUAUCAGAGAAUCUCUGCGCCGAUAUCCGUCACCUACUUGAGGAUAUCCUUCAUAAUGCCCUUUUAUGAUACCGUUGCUCCGUGCCUGGAUGGGAUCAGGGCGCAUAUAUUGACACCCACUCCCAGCCCAACCAAUCUCAAACAGUGAAACUUGCUGAUUCCCCUGGCCAUGAAGAGCCCAUGUUCCACACCAGGAAAUGUUCUGGGGUGAAUACAUUCUUUUCUGCCCUGUGUGUUUGUGUUCGACCCCAUCUACACCCAGGCAAGCCCAUACAUAAUAACAUGAUGCCCGCCCGCCCGCGCAGCCGCAUUCCUUUUCAUGGCUUCCCUUGGGUCAAUCAACAUCCAGGAUACACCUGUCCACCAGGUCCAAGAUGAAUGAGACCAGGCAGACCCGGCCCCGAGUCCGGCUCGGCAGCAUGUAAGCUCCCUUCAGGUCCUCGCCAUUCACAACAGGGCUGGCGUGAAAACGAUGAUGCUGAGAAGAUAGCUGAGUUUUCUGGUGGUGAUUUUCA